AUGCAUUUUGGCGUUCAUCUAAAUGCUAUUAUCGCUACCAUCGCCAUUGCUAUCACCACUACCACCACCGUCGCUAUCGUUAUUGUCAUUAUCAUUAUCAUCGCCAUUACCAUCGCCAUCGCCAUCGCCAUCGCCAUCGCCAUCGCCAUCGCCAUCGCCAUCGCCAUCGCCAUCGCCAUCGCCAUCGCCAUCGCCAUCGCCAUCGCCAUCGCCAUCGCCAUCGCCAUCGCCAUCGCCAUCACUAUUACCACUAUCAUUACUACCAUACUUAUACUUACCCUUAAUCUCAUGCUGAGACCCAGACCAGUAAACACCCUCUUUGAUAAACACAGGGGUAACAUCUAG